AUUGUUGAUAGACGGUGUAGCACACGUGGUUGGACUAUUUUCUAUGGCGGAUGUGGCGAGUACGUCUGCAGUGUUUCCGGUAUUCAUGAGAGCCACGGUGAAGUAGCGCGUACCCAGAGGAAAACAGGAGUAGAUAGGGUCACGUUUCUAGUUUCGUCUCCUUGUUAAUAUACCACUUAGUGCAUUAGAAACGUUACUUUAUUAAUUAUUAUACAUAAAGCGGUCGGCAUCUUGCAGUCGCCCCCAUUCAAACCUCGUCGUCGGUCGCUGUCAAUUCUGCAAGCAAGAAGCCGUUAGCAGCCCCAGUCAGGAGCCAUGUCGGGUGUAGUGCGAGGCCCCGCUGGAAACAACGACUGCCGAAUUUACGUUGGAAAUCUGCCCCCAGACAUUCGCACUAAAGAUGUAGAGGACGUUUUCUACAAGUACGGAACAAUCCGAGAUAUCGACUUGAAGAACCGGAGAGGGGGGCCGCCUUUCGCCUUUAUCGAGUUCGAGGACCCGAGGGACGCCGACGACGCGGUCUACGGACGCGACGGCUAUGACUACGACGGCUACAGACUGCGCGUGGAGUUCCCUCGGAGCGGGAGAGGCUCCAGGGGAGGCGGGUUUGGAGGCAUCGGCGGGGCGCCCAGAGGGAGAUACGGGCCGCCGUCCAGGCGCUCCGAGUACAGGGUCGUGGUGUCAGGUCUUCCUCAGAGUGGCAGCUGGCAGGACCUGAAGGACCACAUGCGUGAGGCUGGUGACGUGUGCUAUGCCGACGUUUACAGGGAUGGAACCGGAGUUGUAGAGUUUGUUCGCAAAGAAGACAUGACCUAUGCCGUUCGAAAACUGGACAACACCAAAUUCCGCUCGCAUGAGGGAGAGACGGCUUACAUUCGUGUGAAAUUAGAUGGUCCCCGCAGCCCGAGUUAUGGAAGAUCUCGAAGCCGGAGCCGCGGCAGCCGGAGCAGGAGCCGCAGUCGCAGCGCCAGCCGCAGCCGCAGCAAUUCCCGGGGCCGCGGCCGAGGAUCGCCCCGCUACUCGCCGCGCCACAGCCGCUCUCGCUCCCGAUCCUAAACUUUACUACCAUCGAUGUUUUGCCCUUUUGAUGUAUUCCCUCCUGUUUUUACCUCUAAGUUUCACCAGAUGUCAGCUAUUGAUUUUUAAUUUUUGCAUUUCUUGUCCCGAUGUCCUUGUGGAUGGUGUUGGUAUGUAGAUGUACCCCCCCCUCCCACCCGCUGCCCCCUCUCUCCUCUCCUCUCCCCCUCUAGUGGCUUUGUCCUUUUUGUUUUCUCCUUCUUCCCCUUUCUUUCUGUCAUCUCAGUUUUGCUACAAACAAAUUGUGCUGUGUUGAACUUCAAAAACGUUGAGCUGCACUCAAUGUUUUUGCAAGUAUUGAAAGUUGAAGAUUUGUUUUGGAGUUUUUAUUUUUUAGUAGAUUCACUUUGGGUAUGGUGGGUGGGCCGUUUUGACGGGGAGCCCGAUGCUUAACUGUAUUUUACCCUUGUGUCUUCCUUUAGACAUCUGAGGAGAAGGAUUAAAGUGAUUUGGAAUAAAACCAUUGUGGAGCACAUUUCAUUUGUAUGGUCAGGAUAGGACAUCUAGGAGCAAUCAGGUCGAGGCAAUGGUAUGCUUCAUAUUCCAUAAAUUGAACGUUUGAUAGGUUGCCAUGUCAUGCAUGUCAUUUUAACAAAGCCAUAUGUGCUGUACUUUGUUAUAUAUAGUCUUUAACAUGCUACUUUGGCCUGUGACAGAAUAAGCAGUCCUAAAUCAAGUGUUGUGAUGUAAGUGUAACACCUUUGCUGUCAAAUGUAAAAAAUCAGAUUCACUUUGUUACAAAAGCGUCCCACUUUUAAAUGUCCUCAGUGGAUAACAUGUUUUACCUCCAGGGAGCGAUAGUUUUUGUGCUCAGUGGCAUUUUUUUUUCCUUGGUCUGACAUGAGUGCUCAAAAUGGAAAACAAAAUUAGGCCCAAAAAUUUUGACAUUUUAUUCUAACAGUCUGCCUCUGAUUUUUCUUCCUGGUAUUUCAAGGUUUUGAUUGGAGGAGUGACUCAGUGGAUCCCAAUCCUUGGAGCUGGAUGAGUGGAUCGAUUAGGGAAGGGAUAGGCAAGGAUGGAUGCUCGGAACGGGAGUCGUUUUCGAGGAUUCAAAUGAGUUGAUAUCAGAACUAAUUAACAGGAGUCCCAGAGCAACUUUUUUUUUUUUCUUUUUGUUUUAGGCCCCCUGCCUAUCUUUUGAGUUUUUCAGUGAUUAUGGCUUUAUUGUACAAGAAAACGAAACAGAGGACCAGGAAGUUGGAUCAAAGGAUGGAGUCGUAGAUGCCUGGUAUGAGGGAAUUGAAUUAAACAGGGAGGGGGGGUCAUCUGGGAAUAGUUUGUAUGUUUGUUUUUUUGCUUAAUCUUUCUUUUUCUCUUAGCAUUUUCAAUAAAACACUUCCAAACAGGACA